AUCGGGCUUUCCGAUAUGCCACUGAACCGCUCUGUCGUUGCCGCCGCCGCACUCUUUCUCGCUGGGAAUCCCGUCCAUGGGUACUACGAGGGUAAUUCCACGGCGAAGCUUGACCGCUUUGCCUUUGGCUCGUGCAAUGAUCAAGCGAAACAUCAGAUGUUGUGGCCCGUGAUCACUGCGAAACACCCACAACUGUGGUUAUGGCUCGGCGACAAUAUCUACGGCGACAUUCGUGUCUGGGAUACGGCGACUUUGUCGAAAGGUGUCUUCCGCCCCGCUCCGCCGGACGUUCUCGCCGCUAAAUACAAGUAAGGUCCAUCUGCAUGAACGAAUGUUUCGUUCGUCAAACAUCCACCACGGUGAAAAGGCAGCAGCUAGCACAUCCCGACUAUUCACGCUUUCGGCAAACCUUCCCCAUCAUUGGCAUUUGGGACGACCACGACUAUGGCAUUAACGAUGGUGAUAAUCACUACCAGUAUCGAAAGGAGAGCCAGCAGCUCUUUCUGGACUUCCUGGACGAGCCCAAGAACUCUCCACGACGGCAUCAAGAGGGCAUCUACACGUCGUACACGUACGGCAGCGGGGUAACCAGCGUCAAGUUUAUUCUGCUGGACAAUCGGUAUCACCGGGACCCCUACGGGACAGAGUUUGGCGAUUUCCUUGGACAAGCUCAGUGGACGUGGCUCGAACACGAGCUAAUGACGUCGACUGCGACGUUCAACAUUGUGGCCGCGGGCAUCCAAGUGCUGCCUGACGAUCGAUGGCACAAGAUUGGAGAAUCGUGGUCCAAGUUUCCGAAAGCGAGGGCGCGACUCUUAUCACUCAUCCAGUCUUCACGUGCGUCGGGAGUGAUCCUCUUGAGCGGCGACGUCCACUUUGCCGAAAUUAACCAAGUCCGUUGCGGAGACGCCUACAACUUGACGGAAAUUUCGAGCUCCGGCAUGACGCAUGCAUGGAAACUCAUGCGUGGGGUGAUCGGGCCUGCCUUUACACUUGCCAACAUGAUCCUGCCGUGGCAUUUUCGUGUCGACCCACACCAGUACUACGGCUCGUACAACUUUGGUGAUGUCGCGUUUGACUGGUCCAAGUCGCCACCGACUGCCGCCGCGUCGGUGUAUGGGAAAGACGGCCUCCUCAAGCUCCAGCAGGUUGUUCAAGCCGACAGAUACUCCGGAGAUGGACCCGUCGCGUGUGGCCCCAUCCACGCCGUCUAUCCUACGUACUUCCUCUUCCUCAGGGUGUUCGUCGUCGCCGUGAUCUUGGCAUUCAUCGCGAGCGUCCUCGUGAACGCCAUCGUCCUCGUUGUCGUCCCGCUUCAGCUCGUUUGGCGCCUAUUUGCGUUCCUUCGACAUCCAAAACUGAAGAGUAGCUGAAUCGGUCAAAGAAAAAGUAUCUCAAAUGUAUUUUUCGAAAAAUUGGCAAA